UAAGAUUUGACGUUACAGUGAGAUAACAACGCUAUUGGCCAGUACAGUAGAGCAACCAGGUCAGCUGACAUGUAGAUACCGCGUAUUCUGUGAGGUCUCUACACAGUAUGAGCCACCAACGAAAUUGCUGGCCCAACCAGGAUGCGCAGAGAGUGAUAAAUAUAGAUUAUUUCGGUCUCUGUGCGCAGCGCGGAGGGGAACUUCAGUAGCCUUGAUGCGGACAGCUCCCCUCCGGUCGAUGCUUUGAAGAAAGGGGAGAGCCGAAGUUAUCGCAUCACAAGUCAAGUCUGCAGUAGGCCUAGCAUAAUUAUCAAACGCGCACAGUGGGGAGUGGACUGCCAUCUCCCGUGGGUAGGUGUGUGUGGCACAGGUUUUUCCCAGUAUAGUUGCAUGCCGAAUAUUGUGCGGUGUGGUAAACUACCAAGUGCAUCGACGAGCGAUGGCGGAAUGUGGAAUGAAGGCGCUGUCUGUCCUGGAGGCGGCCCGCUCACGCUACGAGAGCUUGCAGAUUUCAGAUGAUGUUUUUGGGGAAUCGGGAGAUGACAGUAGCGACAAUCCCUUUUACAGCACAUCGGGUGACUCGAAUUCGGAUAACUGUUGCUUGGAGACCGGGGAUGAUCAAAGGGCAGGUGAGACUGGGAAUUGUCAAAACGGAGGUCCACCCGGGUCUAUCUCAAAGACUCAAGCAGAGGAGGAUGGAUGGAGCGACACCCUGCAAGAUAUCACGGUGGCCCACUACAACGACACAUAUGGCCCUAUCCAGAGAAUGCCAGCCACAGCCACUUGCAUGGACUUCUUCCAGCUCUUUGUGCCCGACAACACCAUCCAAAACAUGGUGACGCAGACCAACAUGUAUGCCAAGAAGUACCAGGAGCGCUUCGGCAGCGACGAGGGCUGGCGGAACGUGACGGCGGCCGAGAUGAAGGCCUUCCUGGGCUUGGUGACUUCCACCAGCGUUCACCGCUGUGAGUCAGUGCUCAGCAUCUGGAGCAGCGGCUUCUUCAGCAAUCGCAGCAUUGCACUCAAGAUGAGCCAGGCGCGCUUCGAGAAGAUCCUCAAGUACUUCCAUAUCGUGGCCUUCCGCUCCAGCCACAGCAGCCAUGGCCUCUACAAGAUCCAGCCCUUCCUGGACUCACUGCAGCAGUCGUUCGGCUGCAGCACAUUCCGCCCCUCUCAGACUCAGGUGCUCCAUGAGCCUCUGAUUGAUGAGGACCCGGUGUUCAUCACCACCUGUACGGAGAGAGAACUGAGGAAGAGGAGGAAGAGGAAAUUCAGUCUGUGGGUCCGCCAAUGCACAUCCACUGGCUUCAUCUGUCAGAUCUAUGUGCAUCUAAAGGAGGGCCAGGGUCCUGAUGGGUUGGCCACCCUGAAGAUCAAGCCUCAGCUCCACAGUAUGGUGGCCAAACAGCUGUGUCAGAACCUCUCAGGCCGCAACAGCAUCAUCUUCACCGGACCCAGCAUCACCAGCCUCAACCUGUACCAGGAGUUUGAGAAACAGGAGAUCUACUGCUGUGGGCUGCUGAGCACCAGGAAGAGUGACUGCACCGGCCUGCCCCAGUCCAUGUUGGUGAACCCUGAGAGCCCCCAGCAGAGGGGCCAGUCCCACAGCAUGAUGAGAGGUAACACCUCUCUCAUCAGCUGGUACAACAAGGGACACUUCCGCUUCCUUACCAACGCCUACUCACCCACCAAGAAAGGGGUGAUCAUCAAAAGGAAAAGUGGUGAGAUUCCCUGUCCGCUGGCUGUGGAGGCCUUCGCUGCACACCUCAGUUACAUCUGCAAGUAUGACGACAAGUACAGCAAGUAUUUCAUCUUCCACAAGCCAAACAAAACGUGGCAGCAGGUGUUCUGGCUGACCAUCAGCAUCGCCAUAAACAACGCCUAUAUCAUGUACAAGAUGUCCGAUACCUACCAGAUUAAGCGCUACAGCCGAGCUCAGUUUGGAGAGAGACUGGUGAGGGAGCUACUGGAUUUAGACGACUGCUCUCCUACCCAGUGAGGCGACCACAUAAUCUUUGUAAUAUACGCACACUGUGUACACACACUGUCACACGUACCCACAAACACACACUGUUCAUCACAUGCAAAACACUAAAACACACUAACCCAAAACACUAAUAGAUUUGUUCUUUACAAUUGUAGACACUGGGAUAGGUCAUUCCUUAAAUGAAACAAUAUUUUAACAGUGCCAGUGGGUUGGGGGACCAAACCUGCAGGUUUGGAGAGCAGGUCUAUAGUUUAGUCGGAACGGUCUAUAGAUUAAAGUUUCUUUACUGAGGCACAAAGCAGAGCCAUUGUACAGUACACAUGUCUCUAUUGUUAUUGUCACAGGCUGCAUGACAAAAACACAGUUGGAUAAUGUACUGUUGUUCAAUGUGCAGAUUUCUUUAAAAAAAAAUCUGGUUAAAUAUUGUUUCCAUGUAGAACAAUAUCACUCUGUAAUGUAAAUCGACCAUCUAUGGAGCAACAUCGGGUGUGUUCUCUCCAAGAUAGACCUGAACCACUAAGAAGAAAUACUGUAUGUGUGUAUGUCGGUAGGUAUGUAUGUAUUACAGUACCACUCAAAAGUUUGGACGCACCUACUCAUUCAAGGGUUUUUCUUUAUUUGUACAAUUUUCUACAUUGUAGAAUAAUAGUGAAGACAUCAAAACUAUGAAAUAACACAUAUGGAAUCAUGUAUAUCAAAAAUAUCAAAAUAUAUUUUAGAUUCUUCAAGGUAGCCACUCUUUGCCUUGAUGACAGCUUUGUAUACUCAUUGCAUUCUCUCAACCAGCUUCACCUGGAAUGCUUUUCCAACAGUCUUGAAGGCGUUCCCACAUGCUGAGUACUUGUUGGCUGCUUUUCUUUCACUCUGCGGUCCAACUCAUCCCAAACCAUCUCAAUUGGGUUGAGGUCAGGUGAUUGUGGAGGCCAGGUCAUCUGAUGCAUUACUCCAUCACUCUCCUUGGUAUAAUAGCCCUUACACAGCCUGGAGGUGUGUUGGGUCAUUGUCCUGUUGAAAAACAAAUGAUAGUCCCACUAAGCGCAAACCAGAUGGGAUGGUGUAUUGCUGCAAAAUGCUGUGGUAGCCAUGCUGGUUAAGUGUGCCUAGAAUUCUAAAUAAAUCACUGACACCAGCUCCUCCAUGCUUCACGGUGGGAACCACACAUGUGGAGAUCAUCCAUUCACCUACUCUGUGUUUCACAAAGACACGGCGGUUGGAUCCAAAAACAAUUUCCACUAAUAUCCUUUGCUCAUGUUUCUUGGCCCAAACAAGUCUCUUCUUCUUAUUGGUGUCCUUUAGUAGUGGUUUCUUUGCAACAAAUUGACCAUGAAGGCCUGAUUCACACGGUCUCCUCUGAACAGUUGAUGUUGAGCUGUGUCUGUUACUUGAAUUUAUUUGGGCUGCAAUUUCUGGGCUGGUAACUCUAAUUAACUUAUCCUCUGCAGCAGAGGUAACUCUCGGUCUUCCUUUCCUGUGGCUGUCCUCAUGAGAGCCAGUUUCAUCUUAGCUCUUGAUCAUUUUUAUGACUGCACUUGAAGAAACAUUCAGAGAUUUUCCAUAUUGACUGACCUUCAUGACUUAAAGUAAUGAAUGACUGUCAUUUCUCUUUUCUUAUUUGAGCUGUUCUUGACAUAUGGACUUGGUAUUUUACCAAAUAGGGCUAUCUUCUGUAUACCAACCGUACCUUGUCACAACACAACUCAAUUGGCUCAAACUCAUUAAGAAGCAAAGACAUUUCACAAAUUAACUUUUAACAUGACACACCUGUUAAUUGUAAUGCAUUCCAGGUGACUACCUCCAUGAAGCUGAUUGAGAGAAUGCCAAGAGUGUGCAAAGCUGUCAUCAAGACCAAGUGUGGCUACUUUGAAGAAUAUAUUCUGUUUUGUUUAACACUUUUUUGGUUACUACAUGAUUCCAAAUGUGUUAUUUCAUAGUUGUAGAUUUAUAGGGAAGACAACAACAUUGAAAAUAGUAAAAAUAAAGAAAAACCCUUGAAUGUGUAGGUGUCCAAACCUUUGACUGGUAAUGUGUAUCUACAUAUACAUACAUGUGUGUGGGUGUGUGUGUGUGUGUGUAUAAGCCCAGGAUCCUUCCAUUAUGUUUAAAUGAAAUAUGGAGGAGUAGUCUGCACUACAUUUCAUUACCAUCCCCCUUCCAGAGCGCUUGCCAUCUUGCUGAUGCUUAAUACCUGAAAUGGGAAAUGUCCUGCUUACCAGGGUAAUGCUUACUGUACUCAGUAACUUCAUAUCUCAGUCAAUAGGAACUAUGCAACUGGUCAUCAGAUCAUAUGACUGGCAGUCCCUAUUCUCAGCCAAUUGGUUCAUCGCUGUAUAUUUGCAACAUCAUUGAAAAUUCUGGAUGGUGUGACUUGUGUUCAGGUUUUCAGACUGCAAAGGGAAGGGUUGAUGAUAUGAUAAAUUAUUCUCGUUCUUGCCAAUGAUGACCACAUGAACGUUCAUUUGGAUGAAGCCUACAGUUGCUGUACAACAUGACUACCGUCUCCAUGUGGCGUAGUCUUGGAUAAUCAAGAGCUGCAGGGGUCAGUUCAGUUCAACUCUAGAUAAACACUCUGAACUGUCCACAGCAAGCCCUCACUCUCUGACAGACCACACAGACUGUUUUCAGUUCAGUUCAUCUGGUGAUGUAUGAUGAGCCUCUGGCUCAGCUGGGGAGCUAAGAGUGUGGCCCAUAUCCAGUGUGCCAGUGUGGCCCAUAUCAUCAUAGGCUCACUGUAGUCACAUCCAUUGUCCAAACCCUGGAAGCAAGCCUGACAUUGAUCUAUACAGUAUGUAAGUUGAGUUUAAAUUAAACAUUACAUACCGUCAGCCAAUAAUUAUCUCACUCCAAUGAUGUCACUAAAAGAUGGAGAGAAGAAAACACCAGACCCACAGAAGUUUGUCAAUGUUAUUCCUUUCAAAGGGGCUUAGGAGAAUGGAUCCUCCUGAUCUGGCAUAAUGACUUUGUGAGGCUGUGGUCUUGCCUCUUGUGUGGGGACAGAAUAGCACCCCACUGUGCUGUAUGUUGAGCUGUUUUAAGUCAGUUAAGUGAAUGUCACCGUGGAUUAAUAAUGUAUUUUUGGCCAAUAGAGAAUGUACUGUCAGUGUAAAAGUGAAAUCAAUGCUUUCAAUUGUGUGCAAUUCCAAAGUCUCCAAAGCCUAUUUUGUCCCUUGGCCGAUGACAUACAAUCGUGCUUAUCCGCUCCUUGCCACUGUGACUGUGUUUUUGAUGUGUGAAGUGUUUGGGAGAUUUGUACUACUGAGGCAGAGUUGUCCUAGCUAGGGCACUACUCAUGCACUUUCGAUGGUCCUGCACUUUAAAGCAAUUCAGUAACGGUGUUUACUAAAUAUCCCUAGCUUUGAUGAAUUCCUAUAACUAACGGUGUUUACUAAAUAUCCCUAGCUUUGAUGAAUUCCUAUAACUAAUGGUGUUUACUAAAUAUCCCUAGCUUUGAUGAAUUCCUAUAACUAACGGUGUUUACUAAAUAUCCCUAGCUUUGAUGAAUUCCUAUAACUAACGGUGUUUACUAAAUAUCCCUAGCUUUGAUGAAUUCCUAUAACUAACGGUGUUUACUAAAUAUCCCUAGCUUUGAUGAAUUCCUAUAAUUAACAGUGGUACUAAAUGCUUCCCCAGAAAAUAGAUGAGUUAAUGACUCACUUUACUCUGAAAAUCUGUUUUGUCGCAGAACACUGAAGGUUUAAUCUUGUUUCAUUGCUAUUGCCUGUUUCCUCUAAUUAUUGAGAGCUUGACCAUUCUGUGAAGAAGCAGGAAAUCCAUUUUUAAUAAAAAAGGGUAAUUAUUGUCUGAGUGCUACAAUAUUUAUGCAGGAAUGAUUUAAAGGGGAUCAACGAAAGUACACGAAGAUGAUGAAUACUACAAGCCAAUGAAAAGGAAUUAUAUUCUAAAAACAUUAUGAAUAUUUACCAAAAUAUAUGAUGUGCAUAUGCUAUUGAGGUACAUUUGUUUUUGUGUACUUAUUAGACAGUACAAGUGAUUAUAGUUCUAUCAGGUUCUUCACUUUUAGGUAAGACACAUGAUUGUGAUUUUUCACCUUUUCCUUUUCCCCCAAAAAACAUUGUCGUUCUUGUGUAUGUUUGUUUGUGUGCGAUCACUAGUUCUGUGCACUGAUCACUGUCUGAAAGAUUCUCUGACAUGCCAUAAGUAUGUUAAUGAUGCUAAUAACAAUGCUCUUUUGUUCUGAAUUGUUAUAUUGAUAGACACCAAGAAGUAUGCAUGAUAGUCAACAACCUUUUCAAAGUAAACACUUCAAAAUCAAAUAUAUAAUCUCUUUAAAUUGUCUGUUCGCGGUAUAUCUUAGUCAUGAAGUCCUUGGAUGUGCUCUAAAAUGUUCUGUAAGUGUAGUGUUACUAAGCAAUGUCUAUUAGGCCAUAUUUAAUGUUAUUAAUACCACCAUGGCCAAGUAGAGAGCAGAUGACUCAUGUGGUGAUCCGUUAUUGCUACUCUGAGUGAUUUCAUGAACCAAUUAUAAUCAGGAGAGAUGGAGGGCUGUUAAUCCCCCUCCCCCUGUAUUCACUUUUAAUCAGAACUGCUUUAGUUUAAAUUCUCAGGUUGAAAAUGUAUGAUCUACAAUUUACAAUAAGAUAAAAUAUGACAGUUUAUUUUAUUGCCCAGCCAUGUAUUAGAUAUAUUCUCAGUGCCUUUUACAUAGAACAUCUCCUUUUCUUACCAGGCAUUUCAUGCCAGUAUCAUGUGGCAACUUCAGAUGACUUCUGCAGAGAAUAUCAAAAAAAUAUAUAAUUUAUUCAAGAUGGAUAAAACAAAAGACAGUUUACCAUCUGUAUAGUGCAUCUGUGUUCAUUAAAUUAUUUUCUCACUCCAGGAUUAUAUAACUAGGUUUAUAGUUCAACCCUUACAACAUUUGGUUCUUUAAAGCAAUCUACUAGAAAAGACAACAGACAUAAACUAUAUCAACGGCCAAGACAUAUCCAAAUCCUGAGGCCAGAUAUUAUUUUUUUUAAUCAUCAUUGGCCAUUUAUCAUUUCCUGGAAUCUCUUUGUGUCACUGUAAUUCCCUAGCUUCUGAGAGGCAAUAUUAAUUGACCAUUGCUCUGUAAAAUGAAUGAGGUCAGUUGAUUGACAGCCCACUCAGUCUAUUGCCACCUAAUUUCUUCUGGUAUUCGGUGGCAGGUAGCCGUUAGUGUUGGGCCAAUAACUGAAAGGUUGCCGGAUCGAAUCCCCGAGCUGACAAGGUUAAAAAAAAAGGGUCGUUCUGCGCCUGAGCAAGGCAGUUAACCCACUGUUCCCCGGGCGACGAAGACGUGGAUGUCGAUUAUGGCAGCCCCCACCCACCAGAGGGGUUGGGUUAAACGUGGAAGACACAUUUCUUUUGACUGACUAGAUAUCCCCCUUUCCCUAUUUACUGCUGUUUUCAGACCCAUAAAGCAUAUAGAGAGCCAAUACCAUGGUACCACUCGUGCACCCGCCUCCACCCGUAACCGUUAAUGGACAAACUGAGACUACAUGCAAGUAAGUUGGCUAGUCAGGCAGCCCAAUGCCCAUUGGGUCCUUUUAUAGUUAUAGUCUGCAUUAGUGAUCAAGACUGCUGAAAUACAUUUUAAUAUGUCAUCUAGAAAUUUUGGACACCAUUUGUUAGUAAUUUCCAUUCUAAAACACAGUGGAAGAUUACAAUAUGUUAAAGUGUAAUGACAGUGGCAAGAAAAUAACAAAUGUCUUCUGCAGGCCUAUCGUGCACUCUGGCAAUUGAAAGUCUAAAGUUGGGACCUGAAGAUGUAUGAUUGAGACAGUCAAGUAAAUUAACUUUGCCGACCUCAGGGCUUCAUUAUCCGCUAUUAAUAAAAAAUACAAUAAGGUGCUAUCAAAAUACUGUAAAAAAUGAUAGAUAGUAUUGAAAUAUGUGCUCAAUCAAUGGUCAGUAGAAAAGUUGUCAAGACUAAUAUUAAGGGUAGUUGGUAAAAUGAAAUCUAGUUCCAGAAUGGUGUAUUUGACAUUGUACUAAUAAUAUGUAAAUAGCUCAUGUAAGCUGGACCAAACUUCCUACCGUAUCGGAUGAAUUCUAUACAACACACAAACAGCAAUGUAUGACUGCUCUGGGAAUGUUGUUGCAACUGCUUCUUGUCCUGUGUUUUUCAUUGGUGGAGGAAAAGUGAUUGCUGUAUCGUGCGUGUUUGUUAUUUCUCCUCAUUGAGUGUGUAUGUAGCCUAUUGUAAACCUUCCCUCUGUGAUCUUCAUGUUAACAGUACACCACCCUGAUGGACUUUGUGAAUCGUAUGUAUACCACCUGAGUUUACACCAUGUUGCUAAUAAAUGUUCACGAUUUUA